UCAACAGUGAGCACGCGCCUGCCUGCCUGUCUGAGCUGAACUUCAGUCAUCACAAAAUAAGAGCUGGUUUUUAUUCGCCCUCAGUUUUUAUUACAACCUCAGACUUUAGACCAUGUUAGCAUCAUGCUGCGCGAUGCUUACGGUGCGUAACUCCGACCGGUCUGCGCAGGCGUGAGAGGACGGUUCAAUAAAAGUCAAUCAAAUUAAAGACUGGCAUACAAAGCUAUGACAGCGCUGUCAGGGGAGCUUGUGAGUGAGCAUUAGUAAACAGGAGGAAGAGACCGAGAGACACACGACAACUCAACACUAAACUAAACACUAAACCAUGUCAAAGCCGGGCAGUACCGGGGGGCGACCCCACACUGGGACCAAGCGAUUCAUCAGUGGAGUCGUGGAAGGUUUUUAUGGGCGACCAUGGACUAUGGAGCAGAGAACAGAGCUGUUCAAAAGGGAGCAGAAGUGGGGUUUGAACACGUACCUGUACGCCCCCAAGGAUGACUACAAACACAGGAUGUACUGGAGGGACCUGUACACUGCUGAGGAGGCAGAACAACUCAUCGCCCUGAUAUCAGCAGCUAAACAGCACAACGUAGAGUUCAUCUACGCGAUCUCUCCCGGCCUGGACAUUACCUUCUCCAACCCCAAAGAGGCUGCCGCCCUGAAGAGGAAACUGGAUCAGGUGAAGCAGUUUGGCUGCAGGUCCUUCUCUUUACUGUUUGAUGACAUUGAGACUGAGAUGUGUCCAGCUGAUAAGCAGGCCUUCAGCUCCUUCGCCCACGCUCAGGUGGCCAUCACUAACGCGGUGUACCAGCACCUGGGAGACCCUGAGUACUUCCUCUUCUGUCCUACAGAUUACUGUGCUGCAUUCUGCACUCCCACUGUGUCCCAGUCCUCUUACCUGCACACUGUGGGAGAGAAGCUGCUGCCGGGGAUAGACAUACUGUGGACUGGCCCCAAAGUGGUGUCCCACAAAAUCUCUGUUGAGUCCAUAGAAGAGGUGUCCUCCUUCCUGAAGAGGCCACCAGUUAUAUGGGACAACAUCCACGCAAACGAUUAUGACCCACAAAGGCUCUUCCUCGGACCAUACAAGGAUCGUUCCACUGAGCUGAUUCCCAAACUGAGAGGAGUGCUCACCAAUCCCAACUGUGAGUUCUACCCAAACUUUGUGGCCAUCCACACCUUGGCUACAUGGUGCAAAGCAACCCCUGAUGGAGGACAGAGGGAUGUAGAGAUGGGGGAUGAGGAGCAGGACCCCUUCUACAGCCCCCAGAAAGCCCUGACCCUGGCCCUCACUGACUGGCUGCAGGAGUUUCUGAGCACUGAUCAACCUGGAGGUCGUCCUGCAGCUCGUCUCAAGAAGGAGUCGUCAGAUGAGGAGCCCAUGCAGACAGACAUGGGAGAGAGCUCCUACAUUCCUGGACCUGGGGAGAACCCGCUGUACACAGCAGAGCCUCUGACCCUGGAUGACCUGAAGCUGCUGUCGGACCUCUUCUACCUGCCGUACGAACACGGGGCAACAGCCAGGACCAUGCUGCAGGAGCUGGACUGGCUCAAGACCCACAGUUGGGAUGCCGCUGCAGAAACAGACAAGUUUUCCCAGAGUGUUGAGUGGCGUUCGAGAGCGCAGCGUUUUGAUGACAUGUGCGAAGCAGUGGUGCAGAUGUUCAAUCGUCUGUCCAAUGCCCCCAACCGCAGCAUUCUGUACGACCUCUACAACUACAUCUGUGACAUCAAGAGUGGGGUUGGCUUGGCUCGAGCCUACAUUAAAACACUCGGAGGGCAGGGUCGACCCUCAGCCCAGCCGAUGAAUGAUGAUCCUGAACCCUGGGGCUUCAGAGGAGGCCUCUCUGGAGAGUUCCAGAGAAUGCUGCCAUGUCAUGGAAACAGGGACCUGUACAGACAUCCUCCCAUGACGGCAGUCUACUGCAUACGGUCGUACUGCCCUGAGGAUAAGAUGUAGGUGGAAAGGAUUUUCACGGAGAUGAAGAGCGCAGGAGACGGCAGAGUCCCCUUGAUGAUCUGCGACAGCCUGUCAACAGGUGAGAUCUCCCCUUCCCCUCAGUGUGGUCUUGUUCUGGAGGAUGAGAUUGGGGUGUGUGGUUACACCCUGGCGCUCACUGAUGCCAAACCAGCUGCAGCCAAGAUUCAGAGGGCAGUAAGUGACUCAGUGUUGAAGGACUUCCCCUCCCUGGUUACCAUACAAGUGCUGCCCCGGGUCACUGAUCCCUCUCCAGCCAAGCGUAUGAUUGGUCAGCUGUUGUCCUCCAUCAGGAGCAGUGGUUCCAGAGGAGCGUUCUGUGAGUUGAGGCAGAGUGAUCGCAGGAUGCUCGACUUCUACACUAAACUGGGCUCCUUCAAACCCAUACAAAUCGCUGGACUACCUGAAGGCAUCCUCGCCAUGGGGACAAGCCUGUGAACAAGAUCGAUCACAAGGAUUUUCCUCAGGUUUGAAAUGUUGAGAGAUGAAACUGUGACUAAUUGCUAACUUUGCAUCAUGUCAAACCAAACUCCAUCGUCAUUUCUGAUCAGUUAAUAUCAUUUGAUAUGAUAUGUGUAAUCUAGUAACCAUCACCAUUCGCCAGUGUCCUCCUACAUAGCUGUAACAAUAGUCGAGGAAACGCUAAAUGAAAUCUGAGUAACAGAUGUGUAAUGCAAAAUACUACUGAUUUUGUAGACACUAAUAUUUUAAAAUGUAAAGUGAUUAUUUUUGAGAUAAAUUUGUUGUUUUAACCCAGCACAAUAAAAACGUUAAAAAAAA